AUGUCAAAGAUUAAAGAGAUCGACACACGUGUUAAAGCAUACCUAUACGAUAUUGGCUAUCACGGAUGGUCUCGGGUACAUGCUACAGUAAACAAAACAUGGACGAUGAUAUCAAACAUUGCAGAGUCAUUGAAUGCGGUGAGGGCUUCAACAGAUUACGUCCAUGCUAUGAUAGAUGGUGUGAAGUGCUUCAUUGUUUGCCUUCAAAACAAGAGAUGUAGUUGUGGACAAUUCCAACUUGAUGAAUUUUCAUGUCCACAUGCUUUGGCUGCUUUGAGGCACAUGAACAAGUCAUAUGAAAACUAUUGUUCUGCUUAUUACACGAAGGAGAGACUUCUACAGACUUAUAAAAUACCAAUAGACCCGCUACCUGAUAAAAGCAAAUGGAAUGUGCCACAACAUAUAGCUGAAGAAGUUGUAAUGCCACCUACUAAGAAAAGGCAGUCAGGGAGACCUAAAAAAUAA